CAGCGUGGAGCCGGGCGAUUGUGACCGCCGGGGGAGCAGGGGGCCCGCCGCGGCUCCCACUCUCCGUGUGGCCCCCUGAGCGCCCCCCCUCCCCUGCCCGGGAGGGAGGCUGGGGGCACCCGGGGCCCGCCAUGAACCCCUGCUUCGAUCUGUCCCGCCGGAACCCUCAGGAGGACUUCGAGCUGAUUCAGCGCAUCGGCAGCGGCACCUACGGCGACGUCUACAAGGCACGAAAUGUUAACACCGGUGAAUUGGCAGCAAUUAAAGUAAUAAAACUGGAACCAGGAGAAGACUUUGCAGUUGUGCAGCAAGAAAUUAUUAUGAUGAAAGACUGUAAGCACCCAAAUAUUGUUGCUUAUUUUGGAAGCUAUCUCAGGCGAGAUAAACUUUGGAUUUGCAUGGAGUUUUGUGGAGGUGGUUCUUUACAGGAUAUUUAUCAUGUAACGGGACCUCUGUCAGAACUGCAAAUUGCAUAUGUUAGCAGAGAAACACUACAGGGAUUAUACUAUCUUCACAGUAAAGGAAAAAUGCACAGGGAUAUAAAGGGAGCUAACAUUCUGUUAACGGAUAAUGGUCAUGUGAAAUUAGCUGAUUUUGGAGUGUCUGCUCAGAUAACAGCUACAAUUGCCAAACGGAAGUCUUUCAUUGGUACACCAUAUUGGAUGGCUCCAGAAGUCGCAGCCGUUGAGAGGAAAGGCGGGUACAAUCAGCUUUGUGAUCUCUGGGCAGUGGGGAUCACUGCCAUAGAACUUGCUGAGCUGCAGCCUCCUAUGUUUGACUUACACCCAAUGAGAGCAUUAUUUCUAAUGACAAAAAGCAAUUUUCAGCCUCCUAAACUAAAGGAUAAAAUGAAGUGGUCAAAUAGUUUUCAUCAUUUUGUGAAAAUGGCACUUACCAAAAAUCCAAAAAAAAGACCUACUGCUGAAAAGCUCCUACAGCACCCGUUUGUCACACAGCCUUUGACACGGUCUUUGGCAAUCGAACUGUUGGAUAAAGUGAAUAAUCCAGAUCAUUCCACUUACCAUGAUUUUGAUGAUGAUGAUCCUGAGCCUCUUGUUGCUGUCCCACAUAGAAUUCACUCAACAAGUAGAAAUGUGAGAGAAGAAAAAACACGCUCGGAGAUAAACUUUGGCCAAGUAAAGUUUGAUCCACCCUUAAGGAAGGAGACAGAACCACAUCAUGAACUUCCCGACAGUGAUGAUUUUUUGGACAGUUCAGAAGAAAUAUACUACACUGCAAGAUCUAAUCUGGAUCUACAACUAGAAUAUGGACAAGGACACCAAAGUAGUUACUUUUUAGGUGCAAACAAGAGUCUUCUGAAGUCUGUUGAAGAAGAAUUACAUCAGCGAGGGCAUGUGGCACAUUUAGAAGAUGAUGAAGGGGAUGAUGAUGAAUCUAAACAUUCAACCAUGAAAGCAAAAGUUCCACCUCCUUUGCCACCAAAGCCUAAGUCCAUAUUCAUACCACAGGAAACUCAUUCUACUGAGGAUGAUAAUCAAGGAACAAUCAAGAGAUGUCCCACGUCAGAGAGCCCAGCAAAGCCCUCCCAAGUUCCACCUAGGCCACCGCCUCCCAGGUUACCUCCACAGAAGCCUGUUGCUUUAGGAAAUGGAGUGAGCUCCUUCCAGUUAAACGGUGAACGAGACGGUUCAUUAUAUCAACAACAGAAUGACCACAGAGGCACAAACCUUGCGAGGAAAGAAAAGAAAGAUGUACCAAAGCCUAUUAGUAACGGCCUACCCCCAACACCUAAAGUGCAUAUGGGUGCAUGUUUUUCAAAGGUUUUUAAUGGAUGUCCCUUGAAAAUUCACUGUGCAACAUCAUGGAUAAACCCAGACACAAGAGAUCAGUACUUGAUAUUUGGUGCUGAAGAAGGGAUUUAUACCUUGAAUCUCAAUGAACUUCAUGAAACAUCAAUGGAACAGCUAUUCCCCCGAAGGUGUACAUGGUUGUAUGUAAUGAACAAUUGCUUACUGUCAAUAUCUGGUAAAGCUUCUCAGCUUUAUUCCCAUAAUUUACCAGGGCUUUUUGAUUAUGCGAGACAAAUGCAAAAGUUACCCGUUUCUAUUCCAGCACACAAACUCCCCGACAGAAUACUGCCAAGGAAAUUUGCUGUAUCAGCAAAAAUCCCUGAAACCAAGUGGUGUCAGAAGUGUUGUGUUGUGAGAAAUCCUUACACAGGCCACAAAUACCUAUGUGGGGCACUUCAAACUAGCAUUGUUCUAUUAGAAUGGGUUGAACCAAUGCAGAAAUUUAUGUUAAUUAAGCACAUAGAUUUUCCUAUACCGUGUCCACUUAGAAUGUUUGAAAUGCUGGUCGUUCCUGAACAGGAGUACCCUUUAGUUUGUGUUGGUGUCAGUAAAGGGAGAGACUUCAACCAGGUGGUUCGAUUUGAAACAGUCAAUCCAAAUUCUACCUCUUCAUGGUUUACAGAAUCAGAUACCCCACAGACAAGUGUUACUCAUGUAACCCAGCUGGAGAGAGAUACCAUUCUUGUAUGCUUGGACUGUUGUAUAAAAAUAGUAAAUCUGCAAGGAAGAUUAAAAUCUAGCAGAAAACUAUCAUCAGAACUCACCUUUGAUUUCCAGAUUGAAUCAAUAGUUUGCCUGCAGGACAGUGUGCUAGCUUUCUGGAAACAUGGAAUGCAAGGUAGAAGUUUUAGAUCUAAUGAGGUAACACAAGAAAUUUCAGAUAGCACGAGAAUUUUCAGACUGCUUGGAUCUGACAGGGUCGUGGUUUUGGAAAGUAGGCCAACUGAUAACCCCACGGCAAAUAGCAAUUUAUACAUCCUCGCGGGUCAUGAAAACAGUUACUGAGAAAUGCUGUGCUUCGACAGUUAGCUCUAGAGAGAAAGAACACUACCACUGCAACAUUAACGGAUGCUCGAAGCUGUACAAAAGCUGCAGUUACCUGGCUUCAGUUGCUUGUAAUUUAUUGUGGCAUGAGACAAGAUGGGGAAAUGUUUUGUUUUAAGUGGUAUGGAUAUAUUUAGCAUAUUGAAACCACACAAGUGCUUAAUUCACUGUUAUGUAAUCUUUGUACAUAUAGGCAGUAUUUUUCUGUGAAACUUCAUAUUGCUGAAGACAUACACUAAGAAUUUAUGUAGAUAAUGUAUUUUAUGAGAUGUACAAGUUAAGUGUCUUAUCUGUACAGAUGUAAAUGUUGAUGAAAAUGCAAUUGGGAUUGAUAUUUUAAGAAUCCUUUAGUAUAUUCUUGGGUGCGGCUAUAUUACAAAAUGGGAUGCUGGCAAUGAAACCGUACAUUUAACACUAUUGUAUUUUUAUUAUAUGUAAUUUAGUAAUAUGAAGAUAAAUCUUGUAACUUUUAAAAUUGCAAUGGAGGCUGUAAUCA